AUGGAUUCGCAUAUGUGCAGAAAUUGUAAAGAGUUUUUUGGAUGCCAAGAUGGGCUUUGCUCGAAAUGCUUUAAAUUAGAAAAACUGAAAUCGGAAACGAUCCGGGCUCUACCUGAGCUUAUCUCAGCAGUUCCACCCCCUGUCGAAGAAACCAAACAGCCACCACCUCAGGUGAUUCAAGAUCCAGACAGAUGCUGAACUUGCAAAAAGGUGGUUGGGCCUUUAUCUUUCCAAUGCAAGUGUCAGCACAACUUUUGCUCAAGACAUCGAGUUCCUGAAGUCCAUGGGUGCACUUUUGAUCACCGCACUCUUGGAAUUAGGAAACUCUCAGAAGAUAAUCCCCAGGUUGUUGCAGAGAAGUUUAACAAACUUAGAUAA